AUGGAAUUGUCAAUGCUCUCUUUGAUACUCGCAAUGAAGUCAUCAAGCUUUGAAAGAAGCCAGCUGAGCCUCUUCGAAAGAAAAACACCGCUGUCACACCACGAUGGCAGUGACCGCGAUUCAGACGACGACCUCAGAUUUCUACGCGCACCGUUCAUGGCGUACACCAUCUCAAAAAGGAAGUUAGAGCAUCUUGCACUUCGCGGACUUAGCAUAAAGGCAUUUGGUAAAGACCUGUCCACACUACAGUUUGACCAGUUCUGGGAUUCGCUCUCAGCAACCGAUAGCAGGAGUUAUCAGCUCAAGUCUGAACUCUUCAACAACUUGGAAACCCUCGAACUCCAGCCUGUCAUCCCGCGCCGUGGUGAAGACGAUCAUCCUUCUUUGCCACCUCGCGACCGCAAACCCCCUCGUGCCGGCUCAAGGAGUGCCUCCUCAUUAAAAGAGGAGAGAAGCUCCACACCGACCACAACACAAAAGACCUCGGCCCACCAAACAAACCCCAACAGAGACAAGGACAAAGCGCUCGAAGAAGCCUUCGCCCACCAACUCGAACUCGCCACCACCGAGCUCCAGAUGGGCAAGAGAAACUUCCUCGCAAAGGCCGGCCAUGACAUGCCUCUAAGCGACAACCUCGCUCCCACCAGUAGCGACAGCGGCAGCGGGAGCGGGAGCGCUGAUCCACGCAGCGCCAAAAAACAGCUCGACGCCCUCACGGCGCAAUGCCGCAACGUGGCCUCGCUCUGCGCAACGCGGCACGGGAAUCCCGAUCCCAACAACACCACCCCGACCACGACACUGACACCGACACCGCUCCUCUCCGCCUCCUCCACGUCCUCCUUCCCCACCACCGAACCCGAACCCGAACCCGACCCGCGCGUCCCCUACCAUCGCCGCGUCGCCUCCAUCCUCCAGCGGCACAGCGACCCGCGCCAGGCCCUCCCCCGCCUCGAACGCGCCCUCCAGCCCUACCUCGUCGUGCGGGGCGAAAAGGGCGAGGACGACGGCCUGAACGACGAGAUGAUCCGCCAGUACAGACAUGCCAUCAAGGCCAUGGAGGAGGAGAUCGCCGACCUGUAUCGUGUCCCGCCCGCUGGAGCGGCCGAUUAG